CCAGCUACAGAGGGGCGAGCCGAUGCGGAAGUGGCUUUUCUAAACAUUGCAGCUCAGCAGUGGUAGCUUAUAAUACUUCCAUGUGCUGAUAUUAGGCAAAAAUAUCAACACAAUUUCUUAGAAUAAGUCUUUACUUCAGAGGUCUGGACCAGGCUCGCUCACCACCGGACACAGCUGCUGACAGAUCAUGAAGGUAUCUUUGGUGGGCGUGACAGCUGAAGCUUGCUGCUGCUUGUGACGUGGAGCAUAACUCGGGUCCACUGGGAGCUGCAGCCUUCAGACUCCAAACUCCACAGCCAUGUCGUUGCUAAUCUAAUGUGACUGUUCACAGAUCAGCCCCGAGGCUGGAACACAGCUCCAGAGUUUCCUUCACACAUCCGGUGCCCCAGGACAUUUUGUCUCUCUCACUGGGACAGGGGACGAUGGUGCAGGGGCCGCCAGCUGACAGCAGUGGCUCCAGGUUCACUCCCCUGGUGGUGCUGGAGCUGGCUUCAGACACCAACCAGGACGCCAUCGCAUGGCUACUGAGACGGAUCAGAGACCAGCAGCAGGAUGGAGGUGCGGAGCUGCUGGUGGAGCAGCUGGGCCCGGGCGUGGACGCUCAGGAGAAGGAGAACCCCAACAUGUUCCUGGUGGGGGCCACAUGGCAGAGGCUCCUCUCCGGGGCUGAGGAUGUGGGCCUCUUCAAGGAGUUCAACGAUGGAUCCAUGAGAGGCUUCACCUGCGCCAAUAAACACGAAUUCAAGGACUAUCAAGGGGACGGGGACUCCUUCCUCAGUAUGGCUGAGUGUCAGUUCAUCAUUAAACACCUGCUGGACACAUUACGGGCCAAGCAGGAGACUCAUGUUCCGGGACACUCCGAGGUCAAGCUCUACCCCGGGAAGUCCAUCAUCCGCAGACUGCAGUCCAAGGGCAUCCUGGUCCAGGUGUUUCCCCUGCACGAAAAGGAGGAACUUAAGCAGCUGUCUUUUUCCUGGUACGGGAAGGUGAAGUUGUCCCUUCAGCCUCUGGACGACAUCAGACACUACUAUGGGGAGGGCCAGGCCCUGUACUUUGGCUUCCUGGAGUACUUCACCUUUGCCCUGGUGCCCAUGGCUCUAAUAGGCGUGCCUUACUAUCUGUUUGACUGGGAGGACUACGACAAAUACGUGGUCUUCGCUGCAUUCAACUUGGUGUGGUGCACUGUCAUCCUGGAGCUGUGGAAGCGCUGCAGCGCCUCGAUGGCCUACCGCUGGGGCACGCUGAGCAGGAAGAAGGCCUUCGAAGAGCCUCGGCCCGGUUUCCACGGCGUCCUCGGGUUCAACCCCGUGACGGGCCGCGAGGAGCCCCUCUACCCCCACGCCAAGAGGCUGCUGCGGAUCUACCUGGUGUCACUGCCCUUCGUCCUGCUCUGCCUCUACCUGUCCCUCUACGUCAUGAUGAUCUACUUCCAGAUGGAGGGAUGGGCGCUGUCCGUCCACGACCAGGAGCCCAGCUUCUGGACAGGAGUCCUGCUCUUCAUCCCCUCUAUCAUCUACGCCGUGGUCAUCGAGGCCAUGAACCUCAUCUACAGAUACGCUGCCGAGUUCCUGACGGAGUGGGAAAACCACCGGCUGGAGUCUUCGUAUCAGAAUCACCUGGUCCUCAAAGUAUUAGUAUUCAACUUCUUCAACUGUUUCGCCUCGCUGUUCUACAUCGCCUUCGUCAUGCAGGACAUGGUGCUGCUCCGACAGAGUCUGGCCACGCUGCUGAUCACCAGUCAGAUCCUGAACCAGUUCAUGGAGGCCUUCCUGCCCUACUGGCUGCAGAGGAGACGUAACAAGAAGAUGAUGCGCAAAGUCCAGAAGAGAAGAACAAGAACUCUGGAGGACCGAGAGCUCCCGCUGGCCGAGCAGGUCCGGCUGGAGGCCGACAUGAGCACGUACCUGGGUACGUUUGAUGACUACCUGGAGCUGUUCCUGCUCUUUGGCUACGUCAGCCUGUUCUCCUGCGUCUACCCUCUGGCUGCCGUGCUGGUGGUGCUGAACAACGUCACCGAGGUUUACUCUGAUGCCUUCAAGAUGUGCCGGGUGUUCAAGCGACCCUUCUCUGACCCGGCAGCCAACAUCGGAGUCUGGCAGCUUGCCUUUGAGGCCAUGAGCGUGAUCGCUGUUGUGACCAACUGUUCGCUGAUAGGCAUGUCUCCACAAGUCAAGGCUUAUUUCCCCGACUCUGAGUCCCAGCUCAUCCUGUGGACAGUGGCUAUUGAGCACGCACUGCUGGCCUUUAAGUUCAUCCUGAGCUACCUGAUCCCAGACGUUCCCAAACCGAUCCAGAUCAGUCUGGCCCGCCUGGAGUUUGAAUCUCUGGAGGCCCUCAAGAAAAAGAGGGCGCCGCGUGGAGGAAAAUGCUGGAAGCGUCGGAGCCCAGUGAGCCGGUUCAGUGAGGAGGAGAGGAGGCCGGGCAGCAGUCGCCACCUCACACAGCUUUAACACAAACACACACACACACACACACACACACAGACACACACACACACAGACACACACACUUGUGUGGAUUCAGAAAAACCACUGAUCUUUAGCAGGGGUGCUGCUUAUCUGCAGUGUGUCACAGCAUCACACACAGCUGUUGGUCUCUGAAUGAGGAAGUGUAGUGGUGGUGGGGGUGGUGGGGGGUACACACACAGAUCCAUGGGGGUUGAAAUCACAGAGGAAUGCUGUAUUAUGACGUACGUUACUGUAGCAAAUAUUGACUUUAUAGCCAUUACUUUUCUUUUUGGGUUGAGUUGAAUCAGUACUGAUGCCAAUGUUAAAGUUUGUCCACCUGCAUGAUUCAGUGUGUGUGUGU